AGGAAUUGUUCUUUUAAGGGUAUCGAAUACUAUAUCUUCUACUGAAACAAAGUCCUGUGAUUUCUCAAUGUGUGUUUUGGCAGAGAUGGGCCCGAUGGUAGCUGAGGCUAGGACCUGUGAGAGUCAGAGCCACCGGUUCAAGGGAACGUGUGUCAGGCAGAGCAACUGUGCUGCUGUUUGCCAGACCGAGGGUUUCCAUGGAGGAAAUUGCCGUGGCUUUCGUCGUCGAUGCUUCUGCACUAAGCAUUGUUAAUUAGCGAGUGUGAGAGCUUUCAAACAUAUAUGUGUCAAGUACUGUGUAGUGGUGAUGGGUGAAACCAUCUCUCCUUUUCAACUUUGUGUGUGUGCCUGGAAAAUGACACUUCUGUAUGAGCUGGCCCGUACUAUGGGCUCGUCUUGGCCUUGCGUGUUUGGUUUGAUCUGCGGUCUAUAUGAUAUUAUAAUAAAAUCUCAAGUGACUUUCAAUGUCA